AUGCCUGAAAUAGGUCAAUGUACUCAUAUAACAUGUGAUAAUGAAAUAAAAGAAUUAUAUAAAUGUCACUGUUGUUUACGUCUUAUUUGUCUCUAUCAUUUGAAUAUACAUGCUGAAAUAACAAAACAAAAUAAUAAUCGACGAUUAGAUAAUCUUCGUAAUGAAUUAAAUACAGUUGUUAAUACACUAAAACUAAUUGUUGAAGAAAAAUUAUUAACUAUUGAACAUGAACAAAAUUUGAUUAAACAAGCAAAAAAAUUUCUCGAUAUAUCCAGUAGUUCAAUUGAUGAAUUACAAAAUAUUUUCGAAAAAAUUAAUCAAACAAUAGCAUUAAAUCGUUUAGAAGGAAUCAUGCUGAAAGUCGAACCAUCAUUAUCACAAACUAAAUAUUGUUCUCGUGUUUCUGAUUAUAAUAAGGAAAACAUGAAUUCAAAUGAUGAAGCAGAAGAAUUGAAGAUCUCAAAAGAUGAUGAAUAUUCAACGGAUAUCGAUCACCAUUUUGAUGGUACUGUUUCAUUGAAUGAAAGAAUCGAAUCUAUUCAGAAUCAAUAUGUAAAUGAAAAAGAAGGGAAACAUAAAUUAAAAUCAUAUAGAUAUAUUUUUAAUACAUGUCCAUUAACAUUUGAUGGAGCAUAUGGUCUUACUAAAGCAAAUCAUUCUAUUAAAUUUUGUGAGCAUGAAACAACUCGUCGAAUCGAAUUAUAUUUCCAUUUUACUCGUAAACAUCAAUUAAAAAAACUUUAUGCUCAACGUUUAGUACAAGCUAUUGCUAAUAAUCAAGAUCCUCAUAUAACAAAAUUAUUUAAUGAAAAUGAAGAUGUACUUGAUCAUUUUUAUAAAGUUCAAUGUCCUUUUGUUUAUGGAAAUGUUAAUACAUUAAAUAAUAGUCGACGAAAAGUAAAUAUUUUACCAUGUCAACAUCGUUUAGUUGUACUUUAUAAAUUAAAACAUCAUUUAAGAGCGACUCAUAAAAUAUCGAAUUCAUUGGCACAAAAAUUAACAUCUCAAUUUUUUCCUAAUCCAAUUCUUCAUGGUCAAGUCCUAACGUCUGGUAUUCCUUUAUCAUCACCAUCGGGUACUGAACCAGCAUGGGAACAUGAAUUAGGUUCAGCGAAAACACUUCGUGAACGAUCCAUGAAACGUAAACAACAAGAUAAAGAUCUUAUUGAUAAAAAAUUUAAUUUAACAAUUCGUGGUGCGCUUGAUGAAAAAGAAGUUGAUGAUAAUCUUAUAAAUAUUGAUCGUGCUUUAUCUGGAUCAAAUCAUUCAAAUUCAUCCAUUCAUUCUCAUUAUAAUAAUAAUCAUUAUCAUCAAACAAAUAAUAAUUCUCGACAUACGAAUAAUUUACCAACAAAUGAUCAUAUUGAUAGUCGAUCACGACGUCAUUUACAUGAUUUUUUUUCUGAUACACAAUAUAAUAAUCGUAAUUGGAAAGAAAAAUCAUCAACAAAAGACAAUCAAUCAAUAUCAUCUAAAACAAAAGAUGUAUCAUCUUUUAAAAGAAAUUAA